AUGCAGCUCAAGAACAUCUUCCGCCGUAACUAUACGGACUCGAACUGGCGGAGGCCGCUCCCCUUCAUCGCAGACCCCGUUGCUUCGGAACAAGACCUUCUCGAGGAGAAAAAGCACCAUGGGGACCACCAAGCAGCUCACCACGGGGCGUCUCCAGAGGAGCAAUCGUUUCCCACCGACAGCCCUACCCUCAAGAAGAACCAUGAAGCCACCACCAUGGAGCUGUUCUAUGAUCUCUUCUUCGUCGCCACGCUCGCAAUCUUCCAUGCUACACACGAGAUCAACACUUCCGAUACUGCCUUGUUCGAUAUCAGAUUCUACACUGACUCCAUAUUGGCACGGACCUUUAAGGCUCUCCACCUGGGCAUCAUGACCGGACUCGCCGUCUUGUCUGUCAACUUCAGUGUCACUAACAUCCUUAAACACCCCGGCCGCUUCGCUAGCAUGAGCUACCUCCUCAUGAUAUCCCGGUUGAUCCUGGUCGCACAGUAUAUGACCGUAGCUUGGUACUUGAGAGGCCACAAACAGACCUUCACGGCGAAAGUUCUAGUCAUUGCUACACUGUUCCUCGCAGCAAUGGUGUUCCUCGCUCUAGCCCUGAGCGCGCAUUCCUUGCACUCACCAAGGGCACACAUCGCCUGGUAUAUCGUGAUUGCCUUUGAGGCAGUAUUCAUGAUCACGAUAUCUAGUUUUUGGAAAGUACUAUCUUUCAAAGGUACUCCAAUUGUUGAGAGAUUCGGAUGCCUUACCUUGAUCGUCCUUGGAGAGGGAAUAGUUGGAAUGACAAAAGCCAUUAAAAGCAUUGCUCUUGGCACUUCAACUAUAUCAGGGACCUCUGUGGCCCUGGUGAUCUGCCAUGUCUUGAUUAUAUACUUUGUCUAUAUGCUCUAUUUUGACCAGGUCGACGUGAAACGGUUUGGAUCUAUCCGCCAACAGAUCUGGGCUCUAUUUCAUUACCCACUGCAUGUUGCUAUUCUAGUUACUAGCGAAGGAAGCCGUUCCUUUGUUCUGUAUGACGUUGCCAGGAGGCUCUAUGAGAACGCUCUGCUUGGGCCUCUGAGCAGGGUUGAUAUGGUUAAGACGCCAGCUGACUUAGUAGAAGGCCUGAAAGAUAUUAUUGCCGACAUUUCUAGCAAGCUCAAGUCAACUGACGGAAUGCCAGACUUUACCUCUAUUUACGACAAGCUUUUGGCCGUCAAGGACUUCCAAAAGUCCUCAGAAGAAGUUGGUGAGCUUAUGCAAGAGUUCCUAGCAGAGUCGCUUAUCUGGAUCAUGCAUACCUUUGGCAUCGAGGUUAAAGAAGAAACGGGGGGGAAGGAAGCAAACGCUGAACAUGGAGGCAAGGCCGCUAUUCAUGAGCUUACUCAGAUUUACGGGGCAGCAACCAUCAUUUUCCGUUUCUUUUUCGUUGCUGCUGGGCUAACCCUUGUCCUUCUCGCGAUUUUGCACUGGUUCUCCAAGUCCCACAAGAGCCGUGCCGAGAUGCUGAGCAUCAUCACCACUACCACUAUCGGCGUAUUUCUCUCUCUGCUGGCCGUCAUGUCAGACUUUGAUAGCGAUGUCGAUGUUUCUGCGCUUGGCACUUAUAUUGAUAGCGCCUGGGUUACUCCCACUGUUGCUCUCACUUAUAUCAGCGUGAUUGCAAUUGACAACGUGAUUAUCUGGGUAUCUCAUAUCCGUAGACGAAGCAGUGAGGCCCGCGUGCAUUAUGAGCCUGUAUCUUAA